AUAUUCAAUUCUUCAAUCUUACCCAAAGUUGGAUUUAUAAUUUUUUAAUUAAAUACUACAACGUCCUCUUGAUUAGAUGAUUAGAUUUUUUUUUCCAUGUGUUUUAAUUAAUCGUAACAAUCAAUAAGAAAAUCUUAUCGAUAUAAAGACAGAAAGUCAAAAACAUCGAAUAAAUGCCCAACGAAACAAUCGUUCGUGUCCAGAAUUCACAAUAUAUUUCUGUCUUUGCUAACCAGGAGGUAGGUUGACUAUAAAAUCAUGCAUCCGCUCGCUGUAAGUCACAGUACUUUUUCUUAUACAGAAGUGUACAGUACCAAAAUUAAAGAUGCAACAUUAUACUAUCUUCUUGGUCCUAGCUAUAUGCAGUUGUGUAGCAUUAUGCAUAGCUACGGAAGUUGAUAAUCAGUACGAUCACCAAGCAGAUACAUUUAAAACGCUCGAUACAACGGGCGAGCUCAAUAAUGGGGCUGAAGUACAUACAAGAACAAAGAGGACACUUUUCUUAAAAAAGAAAUUAAUAGGUGCUGGACUUUUAGGAUUUGGUGUCGGUGUUGCUAAAGGAUACAAACUUGGAUAUCACAGUGCUCCUGAAAUUCAUCGUAUAUAUGUUCCACCACCUCCAACUGUUAAAUACGUGGAAUAUGUUGAGAAACCUGUUUAUAUUUCAAGAAUUAUCGAAAAACCCGCGCCUAUUUACAAAGCGGCUCAUUUAGAUUACGAACCAUCCUGGUCUCAACCUGAUCCUUCGCCUCAUUAUGGUUCUUGGUAAAAAAUAUUGGACACUUUUAUAAGCAAAUCCAUAAAUCAUAAAUAUCGUUCUGGGAGCUAGCGUAUGGAUUAUUCGAUGGAUUUAAAUGAAAGAAAAAGUUCUAUUAUUCUACGUUCCUUCUUCUCAAUUGACAUGACGAUUUUUAAGCAUGCUCCUGUUUAUAACCAAAAAUACUGUAUUUGUUAAAUAAAAUGUUGUUUUUAUAA